AUGAGCGAGGAUCUCGACGACAUACGGGCAAAAGCGGAGGUGUCCGUAGGCUUGGUCCGCAAGCUCGUCUCCGGCUGGCUUCCAAAAGAGCCUGCACACGAGAAGAACAAACACCACAGCGAGACGAAACGGCCGCAAGCUCUGUAUGCCGCUGACCCGGCACAGUCGACUCGCAAUGCUCAGUUGAAGAGAAAACUAAUCGAAGCAGGAGACGCCGAUGACGACGACGAAAAAGAACAUAAGCUGCGCAAAGUCGCUAGCACCUCGAAGGUCAUUCAGAAGCCAAAGGAUCCCAUGGUGGCCUAUCUGAGUGCGAGUAAGAAAAAGAAAAAGAGCAGAAAAGGGAAAGCCGAAGCUAGCGCUGUUCAGUAG